AUGUCGGUGGCCGACCUCCUGCGCCACAUCGCCGUCAGCAUGUUCUCCGCCGUCCGGGAGAAAACCCCCGGCCUGUCCGACGUCGAGGUCUUCAGAAUGCUCAUGGGCGUGCACCUCCGCGAGCUCGUGGCCACCGGGUAUGCGAAGAAGGAGAAGGUCGUUUCCGUAGAAGUGGUCUGGGCAGAGUCGUCUCUCGUGUAA